AAAUUAUUACUCGACUUCAUUCAGUUCUUCACUUGAAAAUCAAAUCAACUCAUCCCAUCUCUCCUCUCCAUCCUUAACCUUUUCCAUUCUCAACAAAACAUCAUCUCACUUAGUUUCUUCUCACGAUCAUCCAUUGAACCUUUUAUACUCUCAGUUUACAUCUAUCAAACCUCUCUAUUACUCCUACCCUUGAAGGGCUACAUAAAAAUGCGAUCAUUCAGUUUGCUAUCAGCCUUUGUGGCUUUAGCUGUUUGCACUGUUCGUGCUGAUUCAGCUAUUGAUGACAGUGAGGUGAUUGAUUUGAAAGCCGAGACUUUCACAUCUACCGUCGAUGCUGCACCUCUUAUUUUGGUCGAAUUCAUGGCCCCUUGGUGUGGACAUUGUAAAGCAUUGGCACCAUUUUACGCAGAAGCUGCCAUUGCCUUGAAACCCAAAGCCAUCAAAUUGGCCAAGGUCGAUUGUACAGCCGAGACCACUCUUUGUUCUGAACAGGGUGUAACAGGUUAUCCAACUUUGAAGCUAUUCAACAAAGGAGUAGUAUCAGAUUACAAUGGACCAAGAACGACUGACGGUAUUGUUUCUUACAUGAUCAAACGAUCCCUUCCCGUUGUCUCGUACCUUUCCCCAACGAACCAUACCGAAUUUUCUUCCUCGGACAAAGUGGUGGUUAUCGCCUACCUCGAUUCUGCCGACACAGCCAAUUUGGAAGUUUUCCAGUCAUUUGCUGAAGGUCAUCGAGAUGACUAUGCCUUUGGAUGGACUCACCAAAUCUCAGAGAUCAAGGAAGUCAAAGAUGUUAAGAAGCCAACUGUUGUUGUUUGGAAAAAGUUUGACGAAGGCCGAAAUGACCAACACGCUGAGAAAUUCACGGCUGAGAGCUUGAAGGAAUUUGUUAAAACCAACUCUGUACCUCUUCUCGAUGAGGUCUCACCUAGCAACUUCCAAACAUACGCCGAAGCUGGUAUCCCACUCGCUUACGUCUUUAUCGAAUCCAACAACCCACACCGAGAAUCACUGGUCAAAUCUCUUGAACCAGUUGCUCGUGAACACAAGGGCAAGAUUAACUUUGUCUGGAUCGAUGCUACCAAAUUCGCCGAUCACGCCAAGUCUCUCAACUUACAAGACACCAACUGGCCAGCAUUUGCUAUUCAAAACAUUGAUGCUCAAACCAAGUUUCCUCUCGACCAGAAGAAGACUGUCGAUCUUGCUACCGUUUCUCAGUUCACCAAGGACUUCGUAGCUGGUAAACUUGUACCAAGUCUUAAGAGUGCACCUGCUCCCAAGAAACAAGGUCCUGGAUCUCACAUCUUGGUCACCGAUGAGUAUGACUCGACUGUUUACGGUAAUGACAACAAGAAAGAUGUUUUCGUUGAAUUCUACGCUCCUUGGUGUGGACACUGCAAGAAAUUGGCACCUACCUGGGACAACCUCGCCCACAGUUUCAAAGGCUCUAAGAAUAUGUUGAUCGCCAAAAUGGAUGCUACAGAAAAUGAUGUACCACCUUCAACUGGUAUCAAGAUUGAAGGUUUCCCUACCUUGAUGUUCAAGAAGGCCGGAUCAAAGGAAUACAUCACUUUCGAAGGUGAACGAAACCUUGAUGGAUUGAUUGAGUUUGUUGAGAAACAUACUGAACACAAAGCUGUGAAGGUUGAAAUUGCCUCUGAUGAGGAAGGUGAACCUGCUAACCAAGUUGUACUUGAUGAUGAAUCAAGUGAGGAGGCAGAAGAUAAAGAUGCUGAACAUGAUGAACUGUAGAGGAUCGUUAGACUUAGUACAGUUUCAAAAGUUCAAUGUUUAGAGAGUUUUCUACUUGAUUUUUUUUUUGCUUUGCAUUGCACUUUCUUUUGUCUCUCUGUUCAUGAGUAACGUUUUUGUUAAAUGUGGAAGAAGAUGAUUGAUUUUUUUUUCAAAAAAAAAACGUUGUGGGUUAACUUGAGUGAGGAAUGUCAUUUGUUUGAAAUAGAGUUUUUUGGUCAGUUUCUAUUUCCU